AUGCUAAGUCUAAGUAGUUUCACUCAAUAAUUCAAAAUUAAAGAUGAUCAAAUUAAUAAUGGACAGAAAAAACUAGUAUAUCUUGCUUAAAAUUCUGUUGAUGCUUAAUAGGAAUAUAGUAAAGAGCAAAUAUAAUUUGUCUAAUCUAAUUUUUAGAAUUUCGUAAACUCACUAAACAAAGUUAUACAAAAAAAAAAUCUUGUUAAUGAGAUAAGAUAAUCCUAUUCUUAUAUAUUAUAAAAUUAUCCAUUAGAUAUUUUUGAAAUUAUUUAGUAGAUCCCAUACUAUUCAAGUAUUUAGAUAAAUGCAUAAAUGAAAGACAAGAUUUGUUUAAGAGUGAAUAAGGAGGGUGAAGAAAUUUGUUUAGAGGUUAUUAAAAGUAAUUCUAUUUAAGAAGCAAAAAAUACAUUUAAUGAAAUAUAGUCAUAUAUAGCUUAAAGAGGAUUCAUAAAAUUUAACUUACUAAAUGUGGAUAUUAUACAAUAAAAAACAGAGUGUUGUUAUAUUUUUGUAGAGAGCUAAUUCAUAAAUGACUAAUUUUCAUUAGGAGAUAUUAUUUAUUCUUAUAGUAUCCCUAAUACCUAAACAUUUUCUUUUAUGCUGUUGUAAAAUAUAAUUAAUUUAAGCUAAAAGCUUCUAACAGAGCACAAUCUUCCAAUCACAAAAAUUGACCCUAAGAACAUACUAAUAGACAACACAGCAAUAAAAUAAAAUACAAUUUCUUAAAUAAUAAUUAAUCAAUAUAGUUUUGAGGGUGGAGAUUAAUAAUGUUAAAAAUACUUAGAAAUAAUAAAUACAAUUUAUAAUUCUUUCUUAAGUAAGUUUAAAUCCCCUUCAAGAAUAUUUUGUCCAAUAAGCUUUAAAUUAAUAAGAGAGUAUAUUAAUUUAAUUUCAUAAAAUUCUAUAAUAGAAGUUUCAUAGCUAUUUGUGGAUAUAUAGAAGUGUAUUAAAACAAUAGAACUAGCUUUAUAAGGCAGUAGUUAAGUUAGAAUAGAAAAUGAGUUAUAAAAUCAAUUAUCGAUUGAUUUAUAUGAGUCGCAAUUGGUAUUUCUUAAUUAAGCUACUAGUAAAUUACUUGAAAGUACAAAAAACUACCCCAUCAAAUCUUCAGACGUUAUUAAAUAAAUCACAAACGAGAGUUAUUUAUAAUAUCUAAUAUAAGAUUUGUUUGUUUUUAGUGAACAAACAAAUAUCUCAUCAAUAAAUUUAUUUUGUGCUAGUAGUAGUAGAAGAUUUGUUUAUGAUUUUAUUUUUCUAGAUUUAGAUAUCUUUUAAUCAGUUCAAGAAUUAAAUAUAAGUCUAGAAAAAAGCAAUAUGUUUGGAGAAAUAUUUUAUUUAGACAAAUUUAAAAAAAUUGUUUCAAUAAGAAUUAUAAAUAAAUAUUAAAAGCUUCAACCGAAAGAUGUUUCUCAAUUUUACAAAAUUUAGCAUUUGGUUAUUUUUAAAAAUUGA